AAGUUUCUUUUAAUAUAGAAAAACACAAAAAAUUGCUUUAAAAAAUUACCCACAAAAUAUAUUUUUUUCUAAUAAAAAUUCCAAAACAAACCCAGUUUUCUACAAUUCUACGUUUCCUGGCCGUUAACUAAAAUGGACUUAAACUUAAACACAGAACGCACCAGAGGUCUUAGUUUAGAUGAUGAUAAUUUCAGCAAUAUUUCACGGAUUUCAUAUGGUCUACACAAUUCCCUAAAUUCAGCCUGCAAUUCCGAUUCGGAAUGUAGUGGACCCAUUUCGGUGCGUGAUAUGAUACAACAUUAUAAUAAGCAGUUUCAAAGGGAAGAUUGCAAUCAAAGUAAUCAUAAAAUUAAAUAUAAAAUAAAUACCGCCAAAAGACCUCAUCAAUCGCAACAUUUAUUGGCCGCUACCAAAUCAUCAUAUUGUGGUUUAAAUAAUUAUGGCUCUCAUAUCAACAGUAAGCAAUUCACUGACCAAUUGGAAAAUAAAUCAUUAAUGGUUUUCGAUGAACAUAAUGAUCUCACCUCGAUCACUUGCUGUAAGAAUUGCACAGCAUGUAUGUGUUGCCAAAAUAGAAGCCGUACAAAUUCCACAACCAAUAAAAUGUUGUCGUCUACCUCAUUGCAGCCAAAUAAUGAGAACAAUAUACCGAAAUCCAAAAACAGUGCUAGUGGUACUAAUAUGACUGCUGGUGGUGGUGUUUGUCUUAGAAGCUCUAACACCAAAUGUAAUAAAAUUAAUGCUAAAGAUACUCCUCAUAUUCUUGCGGUUAAGAAUUGUACCAAUAUCAACGAUGUAACAGCAACAGCAGCGGAUAUUAAUGCCAGCUAUAGCAAUAAACCAACGUUAUUAAAUGAUUUCUGCAGCAGUGCAGCAGAACUUAACAAAGACUAUACUAACACCACUAAAAGCAAUGGUCUCUUUAAUAAACAUAAUUCUCAAGUUGUGGUGAUGGAGCAGAAUAAUAAGCAAAAGAAUCGUUUACUGUCAACUGAUAGCGUUGAGGAGGCCAAAAUUUGUCAACAGCCAACAAUUGAAACAUCCUAUCAAAGUAAGACCACAAUUGCAAAGACAUCAAGUGGUGUGCGCAUUAUUAUUGAUAUAUUCUUUGAUCAAGAACGUUGUAGCAAUAAUGUUAACGAUAUAGUGGGUAGUAGGGUGGAAACUGAUAUACCACAAAGUCGCAUCUUAAGUGAAUUUCAACAACAAACUCUGGCAGCUAAUGAAAACUCUAACCCCAAAAUGGUUAAUACUGCUGAUACUAACACUUCUUAUCAUGAUUUGUAAAUGUUUGGAAUGGAAAGAAGAACCCUUAAAAAUGCUGCUGUUGAUCUAACAUUAAUUUGUUUGCUUUCCUCUAAGUAGGUGACUAUUUAAUGGAUUAAUAUUUUUAAAUUUUUAAACAUUCAUUUUUGGCCUGCUUUUCUGUUAAGAAUAUAUUUGAAAAAAACUAUUUGAUAUUUUUUUAUAUUUCGUUAGUAGUUUAUUGUUGGAAUUUUUAUAUAUUUUUUGGAUUUAAUAAAAACUGUACAUUAACAAUUUA